ACAAGCUGAGCAGCUCUUCUCUGGGAGUUCAAUGCUCAAAAUUUGGCUGCGGAAAAUGGAAAAUGAGUCCAAGAAAAUGCGGGCAAAGCCACUUCCGGGAAGGAUUAUGUUAGCUCUAUGCAUCGUGAGCUUUCUCGCAGGGUCACUUUUUUCUCGGCAGAGAUGGUCUGGCCCUUCCCCUAAUAAUGCUAGGGAGCUGCUUGGGACUGCUAAUCAUAUGAGCAAGAAACUCGCUGAAGGGAAUCCGGACAGUGUCAUGGAAGUCAGUAAAACUCAUCAAGCCAUCAGGAACCUCGACAAGACAAUCUCCAAACUGGAAGAGGACUUGACAAUUGCUCGUACAAGCCAAUCCUAUCAGCAUGCAUUCAAAUCAAAGGAGUCUAAUCACAGUGCACAGAGAGUCUUCGUGGUUAUUGGAAUUAAUACAGCUUUUAGCAGCAGGAAACGGCGGGAUUCCCUUCGUGACACAUGGAUGCCCAGAGGGGAGAAGCUGAAGAAGUUGGAGAAAGAGAAGGGGAUAGUGAUCAGGUUCGUGAUAGGGCAUAGUGUGACACCCGGGGGAAUACAGGACAAGGUGAUAGACGCGGAGGAUGCAAAGCACGGGGACUUUCUCAGGCUCGACCAUGUCGAAGGCUACCACAAGCUCUCCACCAAGACUCGUAUCUACUUCUCCACUGCUAUCUCCAUUUGGGAUGCUGACUUCUACGUUAAGGUGGACGAUGAUAUCCAUUUGAACUUAGGUUCCCUUGUGAGUUCUCUAGCUCAGCACAGAUCCAAGCCCAGGAUCUACAUUGGGUGCAUGAAGUCGGGACCUGUUUUAUCGCAGAAGGGAAUGAAGUACCACGAGCCGGAGUACUGGAAGUUCGGGGAGGAAGGCAACAGUUACUUUAGGCACGCCUCUGGUCAACUCUAUGCUAUCUCCAAGGACCUUGUUGCCUACAUCUCCAACAACUCGCCGAUACUGCAUCGGUAUGCUAAUGAGGAUGUAUCCUUGGGAGCAUGGUUUAUCGGACUGGAAGUCGAACACAUCGAUGAUCCCUCGAUGUGUUGUGGUACCCCUCCAGAUUGCAGGCUGAAGGCAGAGGCCGGGAAUGUGUGUGUGGCAUCGUAUGAUCAGUCGUGCAGUGGCAUCUGCAACUCUGUGGAACGAAUGAAGGCGAUCCACAGCUCCUGUGGGGAAGGAGACGACACCCUUUGGAAUGUAGAUGUCUGAUCUUCUGAACUUAUCAGAUGGAGGAGAGAUCCUUUUAAACUAGAGGAGAGAAAUCGUGAUAGAAUUUUUAAGUACAUUUUUCCUUUUAUUUCGUCCUUCAAAUGAUCGAUCAAACUGAUGAAAUAUAUACAUUAGACUAAAGUUUUGGAGAUUAAAUCUCUAUAUAUUCCAUAGAUUCAUAAAUUUCAAUCAACUUAUGAAAAUCUAUCGCACAUGCAUUGCAGUGUUAUAGGAUGCUGAGAAGAGCCCAAGAUAAAGAU